AUGCAAGUAGCACACGAUAUUACUGAUUUCCAAGAUGGCCAAGAAAGAAUCUUGGUUCUGAAAGACUCUUCUAUACUUGAAAAUGAAGACGAAGGUGAUCAACUGGUUUCAAUUCAACUAGAGGAACAGCAAAGAUUAAAAAAGAAUUUAGAAAAUAAAAAGAAAAAGCCUGUUUACUCUGGUUAUGAUGAUGAAGAAUUCAAUUUUGGUGGUGGUAUAACAAAAAAAGGUCUUCUAUCCCAUUAUGAUGAAGAAAUUGAAGGUGAAAAACGAAAUGGAUUUAUGAUUGAAACCGAUGGCGUUUUUGAAGUGGAUAAUAAGCAAAUUACAACUGAAAAGCCAAAAUCUAUAUCUCUGACAUUUGAUAAAAUGAGAGAAAUUCAAGAUUAUUAUACUAGAGAAGAAGCAGAGGUUGAAUUUAAGAAACCAAAAAAGAUCAAGAAGAAAAAGAAAGUUAGAAAGAAGACAAAUGAUGAUGAUGAUUUAACAUCAGCAGAUAAUAAUGUUGACGAUAAUAAAAAUAACGAAAUGGAAAUAGAUAAUACGAGGAAUCAAAGGAGGAGGUUGGAAGAUCUCGAUGAAAUAAAUUUUGUCGAUGACGAUGACCUUCAGCAAGCAUUAGCUAGAGCAAGAAAGAUGGCCACUAAAAAUUCGGCAAAGAAUUCGGUUGAAGAAAUUGCAAGAACUUGUGGAUGGAAAGAUGCUACGGAAAUUCAACAAGAACAGGAUAAUGGUGUGACGAAACUUAAUGAAGAACCAAAAUAUUCUGGUGUAGUAGAGGAAGAGCCACUGGUAAGCGGUGGAAUGGCAGCUACAUUGGCUUUAUUACAACAAAAAGGAUUUUCGAUUAAACCAUCGGAAGAACAACUUGAUAAAGAACGCGUACAAAGGGAAAGACAAAAAUGGCUUGGAGAACAACGUAAAAGAGAUCUUGAAAGACAAACCGAAAGAGAACGUGAAAAACAACGUGCUAAAGAAAAAGGAUAUCGUGGUGGAGCUGGUCGUGACAGCGAUAGUAGUUAUCGUGAACGGGAACAUUUAAGAGAGAUGGAAGCAAGAUUUAAAGAUUACAAACCUGACAUCAAUUUAGAAUAUGUUGAUGAGUUUGGUAAUCAAUUAACUCCCAAAGAGGCUUUUCGACAAUUGUCUCACAAAUUCCAUGGAAAAUCAUCUGGUAAAUCCAAGACUGAAAAACGUCUUAAAAAAUUAGAUGAGGAACGAAAAUUGAAGGCCAUGAGUAGUAUAGAUACCCCAUUAAAUAUGGCUAAUGCAUUACAAGAAAGACAAAAAGCCAGCGGAAGUGCACACGUGGUACUUUCUAUUGGUAAUAGAGCAGUUGUUCCUCCAAGCGUGACAUCAAAUACUGAUGUUAAAAAGGCACAACCUGGAAAUACUUCGGUUAGUGGACCUAAUAUAAUCACUGUUAAUGGGGGUUUGACAGGUCAAAGUAUGAAUGCACCUGAAAGAGAAAAGGUAACAUUUGGAUUGAAACGAAAAGCCGAAAAGUUAGAUUUAAAGAACAGAUUUAGGGUAGACAUUUGCUUUGAUAUUCGAGUAAAUGCGAGUCAGCAAUCAAAAUAA